AUGUUUGUCCCUAUCCCUAACGGGAUGCACCUUCGGAAACCUUCGGCCCGCGGCAACUUCAUUCCUGCUUCCCCGCGGAGAUCAAUCGGCACGGGCGUCGGUCCACGAUCGGCACAGAAGCCAGCGCCAUCAAGCGGUGAUUCCGCAUUGCCAUCCCCCGUCUUUUCCGACCAUCAUCUUUCCCCGCUUUGGCUGGGGCUGCUCCCCGCUGCACAAGCCGAGUCGACCCCCGCAGAGUGCCGAAUCAUGAGGGGCCCCGUGCGUUCGGCUUCGCCGAUGCUGGCUGGAGCUGGCUAUCGGCCCGCGAUUUUCUGCAUCGGCCCGGGAGCUCCUGCCAUCCCCCGCACCCGUUACCCCCACAUGGCCGAGGAGUCUUCCCUCUCCCUCAACAUGACGCUGCAACACAUAAUUGCCAAACAUCCCAAUCCCCCCGAGAACGAUCCGCGCUAUGACGGCGAUUCAGCGUAUUCGCUCAAGACUUUGCCCGCCGGCUGGAGAUCCUCCGCCACCAGCAAGGCGCUCGACGAGGACUUGAUCUUCGAGAAGAACGUUCCAAUCAAGCUUCGAGACGGGAUCACCAUCUUGGCAGACAUCUUUCGUCCCGUGAAACAGGAAAAGAACUUGCCUGCUAUCCUUGUCUGGUCCCCGUAUGGAAAGACGGGACGUGGCAAGUGUUCGAUCUCGGCCAUCGCUUGGCUCGAGGCCGGCAUCUUGCCCUCCGAGCUUUCCGGGCUCGAAAAGUUCGAGGGACCGGACCCGGCACGAUGGUGCCCUAAAGGCUACGCUGUCAUCAACAUCGAUCCCCGGGGAACGUACGACAGUGAAGGCAUCCAGUCACCCGUGCCAAGCCGGGCCAUGGUUCAAGACGCUUACGACGUCGUGGAGUGGCUCGCCGUGCAGCCCUGGUGCAACGGCAAGGUUGGAGCCGCGGGUAACUCUCAGCUGGCCAUGUCUCAGUUCUUUAUUGGCGAGAGCCAGGCGCCUCACUUGGCUGCUUUGGCUCCUUGGGAAGGCCUCACCGACAACUACCGUGCCACGGUCGCCCGUGGAGGCAUCCCGGACACCGAAUUUGCGGCGUCUAUCUUCGGCUUGCUCUGCGGGCGAGACCGAUUCGAGCUUCUGACGGACGAACUCGAGCAGCCUGGCCAAGACGGGCUGUACCGCGAACAUGCGCGCAACAUCAACGCGUCGCCUUCGUUGAUCAAGGUUCCCCUGUACAUGACUGCCUCCGUGGGUUCCGUCAUCCACCUUCAGGGCAGCAUUCUUGCGUGGAAGAAGGCAGCCUCGGCAGACAAGUGGCUGCGUUUGCACGGCGGUCAAGAAUGGUGGGACUUGUACCACCAACAGGACGAUCUGGAGCGCUUUUUCGACCGAUAUUUGAAGGGCCUCGACAACGGCUGGGAGCAAACCGCUAGAGUCCGGUACCAGCUGCUUCCAUUCGGACCCCUCUCGAGUCCCAAGACGUUGGCGUACAGGACGGCGGCAGACUUCCCUCCUCCAGAGAUGAAGGAGAUGAAGCUGUACCUUGCCGGCGUGGGAGCGCUUUCGCUCGAGCCGCAAGGGACGGCCGCGUCCCUGUACGGCGCCAACGACACGCAGGAAGACUUCGACAUUUACAUCACCCUACGCAAGGUCGACAAGGAUGGUCAAACCCUCUUCCAAUACUGCUGGCCGCUCGACGAUCUUCAGGCCGUCGCAAAGGCGCAGGGCAAACCGAUCCCUGCAAGUCACGAGCAGUAUCCCGCGCUCAACACGGCCGUCUACGUUGGACCCAGCGGUCGAAUCCGGGCGUCGCAUCGCAAGAUUCGGUCUCCUCGUCCCGGCGACGAGGAGAACAAUCUCUCGUGGCCGGGGUGGCCUUUUCAUCCUCACGACGAGCGACAACCGGUUCCGGCGGGCACGAUUGUCCCCAUCGAAACUGGUAUCUGGCCUGCCAACAUCGAGGUUUCCAAGGGGGAAGCUAUAAGACUCGACCUGACCCCGGUCAAGAAGGAUCUUUUCGAUUUCCCUUGGCAAGUGCGCAACAAGAUUACCAGCAGUCAGAAAGGCACGCAGAGCUUCCACUUUGGCGGCAGCUACGAUGCCCAUCUUAUCCUCCCAAUGAUCCAGCUCUGA